AUGACUGGUGGUUCAUCAAAAAGAAGAAUCAUCCGUCGCCAAUUGGGACUCCCCUCCCUCUUCCCCUUCCCCCGGCCCUAUAUAAAGAACGGCGGUGGGAGAAAAGGUAAAGUCGCUGCGUGUCGGUCGCCCCUUCCUUGCUCUCGGUUGACGUACAGGGUUGGGCUUGUUCCCUUCUCCUCCGAUCCAGCAACCAACCAUGUCGUCGAAGCAAGGUGGAAAGGCGAAGCCUUUGAAGCAGCCAAAGGUCGAGAAGAAGGAAUACGACGAGGACGUCGUCUUGGUACUUCGCCGGGAUUACUGAAGGUCGGGGCUUUUCGUAAUUUACGGAUCAUGCAAAUAUUCAGAAGAAGAAAGAGGAGGAAAAGGCACUGAAGGAAUUGAGGGCUAAGGCAUCUCAGAAGGGAACAUUUGGAGGCGCAGGUCUCAAGAAGAGCGGAAAGAAAUAAGAUCUGUUCUCUUAUCGUGUAGUAUGCCACAAUGCUGAACGAUCUCGAUAACGUAGCACCCAAUUAUCUUCUCUAGGAUGUGUGUGGAGCUAUGUGGCUGAUACUAGUUGUGAGCAGGUGACUCGUGUUGCUAUGGAAUAUUCGCAAUAACAUUAAAUUCUAGAGAUUGGCUUUGUCUGAUAUAUAAUAUUGAGGAGACCGUACUAUUACAAAUCUUUUGUUUUCGAAGGCAAAAGAAAGAUCAAAUAGAUACAGGAGAACUGGCGCAAGCAGCUUCAAUAUUUUUUGGGAACAAAGCAGCUUCACCGUAGCGUCACACCUUUUAUACCGCAAGUGUAGUAUGCUGCAUGGAGACGUGGUUGUGCUAUUUCUUCUUAGCAGCCUGCUCGACAAAGCUCAUGGUCAGAAUCAAAUCGGACCGUGUUGCUUUUCUAUGUCCAUGAUCUGUGUUUAAUGGUGUUUGAACUUUGACUGAUAGCGUAGCAAGCUGCGCAAACAUGCUAGACGUUUUUAUUGAUAUAGGAUUGGUGGGUAUUUAGAUAUAUAUUGACUCAGCUUGUUGCAUUUAAUAGCAUGGA